AUGUCAAGCAUAACAGUAAUAUUGAUCCUUAAUUUGAUCGGUUUCAUCACUUCGUCGUAUUUGGAAACCGAAACAACAUUUAUGAAACCUAAACUAGAAAAGAAUAAAAUUUUAAAUAAAGGGGUAUGGUUAAAGAAAACUGAUGAUGAUCAACCAACGAAGACGGUAUCAGGAGAUUUUGUAUUCAGGUCAAAUUCUUUAGAUGCCGAUAGUUUACUUCUUAAUAAUUUCGAUGCAUUUGGUGAAAACUUUAUGCAAGACUCACCAAUGGUUGGAACCAGUUACAUUGAAAGGAGCAAAAGAUCAGCAGAUGGUAAAGCACUUGUUAUAUAUAAACUUUUACCGUAUCCCGCGUGUAAGUCCUGUUACAACAAUUUCUAUUAUUAUGAACAAUUUUCCAAGGAAUAUAUAGAAAGCAGUAAUACAACUGAUGUUUUAAAAAGCAACAUAAGCAAUGACAAAGCUAUACCUAUGAAGUCUAAAUUAAUCACUCACCCUAAAUCGGAUACAACCUCCAAUGAUUAUCCGUAUGAAGAGGCGAUAAUAUUAACAAACACUAAUAAAAGAGAACUAAUACGUUCCAAAAGUAGAUUAUCUAAACAUGAAACCAAUAAAAAUAUAUCGAAUACGAGUGCGGACUUGAUUUUAAAUAGAGAUAAUUUAGUAAAAAUUGAAGACUUUAAUAAAAAACAUUAUAAUAAUUCUUAUCAUAAUUUUAAUGUAACACCUAAACGCAGCAUGCAACAAGACUAUGAAUCAGAAAUUAUUAAAAAGAUUGAAUUAACUGAGGAAGUAAACAAAACGGAAGAUAGCUAUGAGAAAAAAAAUGAUCGAAAUGUGUUUGAUGAUAGAGCCUGGCAUCAAAAUGCUCCCAUGCCCGAUGUAAACUCAUAUAAAAUUUUACCUAAAAACGAAGAAAAUAAAAAUAAAAAUAAACCAAUAACAGAAAAGGGAUUGAUUAAGGUUUUAUCUAUGUUAACAAAGACUUUCAAGAAAGUAAUGAAGCAGCAUAAUGAUAUAAAACGAAUACAUACCAAACUUAGUACAAUUAAUGACGAGUUUAUGAAAAAUGCUCAACUGUUAAUGACCAAAUUUAAUGAUUUUGAUGUUAAAUAUUUAUAUUUAAUGAAAUUUAAUGAGAAUUUAAAAGAUUUGGAAGCAAAACUACGUAGUAAAGAAGAAUUGUAUAACAAUAAGGAAAUUGAACUGACAAAGAACUUAGCAGAAUUCGAAAAUCAACAAAAGAAAUUUUUGAUUCAACAACGACAGUUUUAUAACAUACAGAAGCUGAUGUUAGCACAAAAUGAAAAAAUAAACCUAAAACAAAAUUUAAUAGCAAAAACGCAAAAUGAAAUAUCGUUACGGCAAAACAAUUUUGCUCGAAUAUUGAAAAAAGCUAAACAAAUUUACAUUGACGCUAAGAAUCCAAUACCACAGAAACUAAAUGCAAUAUUAUCUAAACCUAACGAGACAUCAGAAACUAAACCUAACGAUAUUGAUAAAUCAACCUCAACAACAUCCACUCAGACGCCAAAUACUGAAUCAGUUAAAAUAAAUCUAUUAUCAGUUCCUUCAAUCAGUCGAAUCAUAAAUUAUGAUAAUCAAUUAUUAAAAGAGAAAGACGACCAUACAGUGGACGAUUUAAUAUAUAAGUAUUAUUUUAAUAACACAUAUAUUGACGUCUUGAUGAAAAAUAAAAUCUUGUCUAGUUUCGUAUCUUCUCCUGGAAAUCCGUUCACACGCAACGUGAAAAAUAAACGAAACGAAAAUCCAUUAUUUGUUCAGAAGCCCACAAACCUUUUUCCUGUGAAUAAUGUCAAAUCAUUUGUUCAAAAAGGUAAAGCGGAUAAACAUUUGAAUCGACAAAAGCGAUGGAUAAAAAGUUCUAAGAAAAAUUUCAAAAAAAUACGUAUGGGUAAAGAUAUCAAUAUUUAUUCUAAUAAGGAUGAGGCGAAAACAAAUCCGAAUAAAAGUAACGUGUCGUUGGAAAAGCAGAUAGGAAAAAAAAUUGCAGGGAUUAAAACCAAAAAAUCUGAUAAAGAUCCAUUUAUAACUAUGGCAACAAAUUUUUGUAAAGAAAUUGGUCAAGAUAGAGACGAGCAAAUGUUACACUGGUGCAUUGAAAAGGCAUUAAGAAGAUUAAGAUUUAUUGAUAUGAAAAUACCUCAGUCAACUGUUACUGCUAAGCGCUCUGAUCACGAUAAAGUAACAACAAUUCACUCAAUAGCUCUGCAAAAGGACUCGAAAAUCAAUGAAAUGUCCACAGUAAGGUCUGGAGAAAUAUCUUCAACUACCCCAUCUGCAAGCAAUACGGAUAACAUGAUAACUGUUCCCGCUACUACUGCAGCACAAGAUACUACAGACUCUGCAAUAUUCUUUCCAGAUAAUGACCAGUUGGAGUCGAACUUAAAACAGUAUGAGUUGAAGCCUGAUACCGAAGGAACAGUUUACUAUGAUGGCAGUGUCCACGCUAGUCAAUUUGACGAUGGCCCGGACAGCGAGGGGAUUUCGGACUUAUUACCUGGUCUAGACAGUGAUUCGCGUGUGGACAUCGACCCCAUCGCUUUAGACUUUCACCAACGGAGGCGAGCCUAUGUGCGAAGGUAA